GUUAAGAGCUUGCGCAAAUGAUAGUCUUGCCAGACCUUGAUUUCCGUUCGCGUCGCAAACACAGCUCAAGAAUCACUAUCCACCACGGACAAUGGAAAAAGAGUCCAAAACAUGUUUUCCCAAGUUCUCUAAAAAAGAAUCAUUGGUGAUCUUUGCUAUGUCGUUGUUCCUCUUUGGGUUGAUGUUUGUGAGGAUAGAGGUUGUACAUAGGAAGACAGAGGUGAUGGAAGCAAAACUUGAAAAGCGAAUUCAGCGAAUCGAAGACGAAAUGCAAAUGAAAGUACAGACUAUUGUGAAGGAGAUGUUACUGACAGAGGGAAAAACUAUGAAAGGAGAUUCAAGAGUUCAUGCAAGCGCGGGUAAGUCCAGAACCAGUGUUUUUUAAUACAGUCAAGACGUACGCACAAGCACUGAAGAACACUGACAAUACGGAUUUGCAGCUUGACACUUCAUUGUCAUCUCUAUUUAUUUUAAAUGUCUACAAAUAUACUCAUUAGUGCAAAGAUCACUUUCAACCAUUUACUGAGUAUCAUGGAGAAUUGUUUCUUGUCGACGAGAAGAAAAACAACCCAUCCUUUUAAAUUUGGUUAACGGCCAGUGUUUUCAUGCAUGAGGUUUAGUGCGGACAUACCUCUGCAUUAAUGCAGAGGUAUGUCCAAUGUUAAUGUAUCAGCUUCAGCUGGGUUAGUAUAGGUUUUAAAUAAAGUUUCCACCUAAAGUUUAUAUCUUGGUAUACCAUACGCCCCUCAUCUCAUGUUAUCUCUAAGGUAUGUUUAUCUAAAAUGAUUGAGUUUGUAUGCACGGCGUUAAAACCUAACAUAUAGUAUCGAGUAUGUAGUUCCCACUUUUAUAGUAUCAGGGCAAGGACAGAUGUCGUGUGAAAUUACACUUGAAAUCUGACGCUCAGAAGGUGAAUUCCUAUAUUGUUUUUCAAAACAGAUUUUCAAGAAACCGUAGAAAGCGUUCUAGGUCAGCAUCCACGAGAAAGACGAAAUAUAGCCCCGACAGCUGGUGCAUUAUCUUUACAGCAAAUUCGCCUGGAAAUCAACAAGAAAUUUACUCAAGCGUGCAGCACAGCUGAUAAGCUCUGUCAAACAGGUCAACAGGGACCUAAGGGAGAAAAAGGUGCCCAUGGGUACCCUGGAUACAAGGGAGAGAAAGGAGCACCUGGGAAAAUUGGCCCUCGUGGUCCUAAAGGCGUCAAUGGAACUCAAGGCAUCAGGGGAAAACAAGGGCCUACAGGGUCGCAGGGAGUCAAGGGACUAAAAGGUGAAGUGGGAGGAGUAGGAUCUCGUGGAGCAAAAGGAGACACUGGACGUAUGGGCCCACCAGGCGAAAAAGGCUCUAUUGGAUUUAAAGGAAACAAAGGAAACAGGGGCUUUACUGGUAUUCAAGGACCAAAAGGCGAAUGUGUUGUUCCUCCCAAAAUAUUUGUUUCUCCAGAAUCUCAGUAUGUGCUUCUAAACAAGUCGGCAACCUUUUAUUGUUGGGUUCAAGGUCAAUCGUUUAAGAAAAUAACCUGGCGCAAGUUGCAAGGUAACUUGCUCCGUGACAUUAGUACAACAAAUGGUAUUCUUCAUAUCAAUAAUGUCCAAAGAUCACACACUGGAUCAUACUUGUGUAUGGUCGUCACUAGUUAUGGAAUAUUCCGAGCAGUGACCACUCUAGGAAUAAAAGGUAAGACACUUCUCCUUCUAUGGCUUUAUUGCGGGACGAUAAUUACUUUAUGGUAAAACAAAGAGAGUUAUAAAUGUCGUUGUUUUCCUAUAUUCUUAUAACACUGUAUAAUUCAAUUUAAGAUGCAAUUCCAAUCAAAAUUUGUUUUUUGGAGUUGAAUUCUAAUGACUGGAUUAUAAUGAAAUUGUCUGGAUCGUCUCCAUUUCUCGGGGCCGUUUGAGAUGAUCGUUUCUUGACGAUCUUCGAUUUCUUUGCUUGUCUCUGUCGUCCUAUUCGGUUUUUUCUUCUCAGCCGUUUUUUGAGUUGAUCGUCACAAAAUACGCUGCGUAAGAGACUGCCGUCUUUCGGAUCGGAUCGCGACAUAGAGGUGUUUCAAUUGGAAACGGCUUAGGUGGUCAAGACGAUAGACCAGGAUUUAGGGACUGCAUCUACAAUCCCGGACAAAACUACUUGAGAAAGUUUUCCCCGUCAUGUUCACUUUCCUACGCAACUAAACUAUUUCCAAAACGACGCCUUUGCGGAAAGAAAACCCCUUCCCCCAAUUCAAUGUUGCUUCCCACAAACGCCCAGGGAUCAGGCUUUCUUUUGAAUACACUACAACAUUGCUUUCGGGGAAAGGGGGAGAGGGAGGAACCGAUACAGCUACGAUGUUUAGAAAAAUGCGGUCCAAGUAUACAAUUUUCUCAACAGUUUUGUCCAAGAUUGUAGCUUAGAUAGGGAAAGAAAAAUUCCUAGGUGAUGUCGUUGCCUCGCAAUGAUGGCAUAGAAAUGCAGUUGAAAAAAUAUAACACACGUGCAAAAUUGUUGUUUUGUGUUUGUUUCCGACGCGGUUCUCCACAGAUACCCCAAGCUCACGAGUGACAAUCGUUGUUGCGUUACGGAAACAUCAUAAGGGUUUGUACGGGGAUUUAAGCGAUCGUUAUUCCGGUGUAAAAGAUAACAAUAUAAAUACAUCAGAAAUUCUUACCUUUUCUCCUUGUCUAAAUUUAUGGUGUUUUCUUAGCAUUUUUGGCAGUUUCCGGGCGAUUCCAGGGAGUUUUAGUUCUGCCGUUGUUCGUUACAUAUAUAACUCCAUGUAACUCAUAAUAUUUCUGUUACGCUCACUCGUGAGCUUAAGGUACCUGUGGGUUCUCUUUACCACUUGUUGUUUUGGCUGAGAUUGUCAUUACUAAGAUAUAUCAGAUACAACUCUAUCAGAUCUUAAUACACUGAAACCUGAAAAAAAUCCCCAUUAUAUCUUUGUCCGCUGAUCACAUCAAUGCAGCAUCACCGACAUUUACAAGAAAGCCUCCACCUCAAGUUUUUGCGGCCAUAGGAUCCACCGUGAAGCUCUGUUGUGAGGCUGAUGGUUACGUGGUGUGGUCACGAUCAGGAACAGCUCUUGUCUCGCUCCCAUAUUUCCAGCAGGAUGGAUGCCUCUCCAUAGGAAACGUGAAUGAAGAGAGGGCUGGGGAAAUACACUUGUCGUGCAACCAACCAAUUUGGAAUAUCGGAAGUAACGUCUGAAGUAGUUUAUACAGGUGAUGUUAUUUGUCAUAGGCGUAAUUUUUUUAACGUCCUGACGCUGUCUAAUGUCAUUUAAAGACAAACCAUGAUGGCAAAGAUUUCUGCAUGAAGCAAAAAACGCAAGGCCAUCACGACUGAUCACAGAAUCUUCAUUGCAAGAAUCUCUCUGAGUUAGGGCUCUUUAUUAUUGUUUACGUCAUAAUAUUUUGUUUCUUUUGAAAUAGCCACUAACGUCAUGAGUGAGUUUUCUUCAAGUCUUAUGUGCACAAAUGAGUUCUCUUUCAGCCACAAAAAUUUAUAAAGUGAACUGAUUAAGGUAUAAUAGUUGUGGUAGAGGCACAGAAUUAACCUUUUCUUUGUGGAUUUAAUUGACUUUUUGGGUGGCAUAAAUUAACGCCGAUGACGUCGUGCAUCUCAUUAAGAAAGGACAAUGUCAUAGUUUAUUUUCAGUUAGCAUGGAGCAAGUGACGUCAGAAUACCCUAGGGGUUGACGUCAUCGAAAAAUGUUGAGAUCAUAAUGACCAUAAUCUAUAAUCGAAAAAUGAUAUCAUGUCCCUGUUUGGUCAUGAUGUCAUAAUUUAUUCAGGUAUGAUGCUGCAAUAGUUAAUUUUAAGUUGCAACAAGAGAGGAUAAAGGGGACAGAGAAGGCAUCCCCCACAUACACCCUAUUCCAUAGGUAAUUCGUCUCGAGUUAUUUUUAGAAUCGGUACCUCGCGCACUGCGUGGAUGUUUCGUGGAGGUUUCGCAUGACUAAACACCGUGCAAAACAUGUCGGGCGAAGGGCAAUGAAAGCGUAAAGAGAUCGAGAGCAUUUCUGAAAAUUGCAGCGAAAUGAGUCGGCGCUCACCUGGGAAAAGGGAAUCGCUCGACUCUUUGACAACCCGUGAAAUCAGUUUAACUCGAAGUUAUCGUAACCUCAGUGCUUUAACAAAAUGAGAAAUUUCGCUGGUCUAUUGAAACCGGUCGUUUGUACAAUAAAGCAAGUAGCAAGUAAUAUUCAUGUACAUGUAAUUAGUUUUAUAAAUUUGAAUUUUAUUGUUGUUUUUUAAGUUGUUAAGCGCUGUUGAUCAGUGAAUGUAAAUAGCGCUCCAGAAGUUAUUAAAUUGUCAUUAUUAUUAUAGGACGCCAAGUGUUAUUUUUGUUGAAUAAUAAAAGACUAAUGAAAGAAUAAAUAUCAAACCCGAAAUUGCUCUCUUCAAACUGUAAAUUAUAAAUGAUCCUGAGAGAAUAUUCAGUGUGUUAAGGAUUUCGCUGCUGUACUGUUAGCUCUAUACAAGAGAGGAGGGGCGAUUCUUCUUUAAUUUUCGUUUCGCUGACACAGCUUUAGCAGAAAUCUCUCGUUUUCGUCGACAAAACGAAUAGCAAUAUCGCUCUCCGCGUCGUCCGCCAUUUUUUUCUGCCUCAAUUCGUGAAGGACGCGUGGCUCUGAGCGUGGGUCAUCCACGCGGAACACAUUCGCUCUAUGUGAUUGGCUGUUGUCCAAUCCCCCUUGGGAUCUGUGGUCUUAAAAAUAACUCGAGACGAAUUACCUAUGGAAUAGGGUGUGUACGGAGGAUGCCUUAUCAGACCCCUUUAUCUUCUCUUGGUUGCAAUGAUAUUUUCUCAAAAUUAAACUUUUCUGGUAAUUAUUUUGUCAAGUGCGCGUAAAUUUUUCAACCGAAAGACGAUAAAAAUGUGAAAAAAGGUAGAUUGCUUUAUAAGUCACAGUCCUUAAUUAAAUCAUCCAUUUAUCUCAUAGUACUCAAAAGUGCGAAAAAGGAGAUAAGGCGAAUUCGAUUUCGUACUGAUUUUUCGUGCAAAACGUGAAAAUGAGGUCAGAGCGCUUGACUGAAAAUAAACUAUGACAUCAUCCUUUCUUAAUGAGGUGCAUGACGUCAUCGGCGUUAAAUUAUGCCACUCAAAAAGUUAAUCAAAUCCACAAAGAAAAGGUCAAUUCUGUGCCUAUACCGCUACUUAUAAUCGGGUGAUAAUAAGCAAAAAUGAACCAGCACUUACAUAAUAACAAUGUUUUUCCUACUAAGGGCAUGUUCUGCAUGUUUUCAGCCUCAAAAACUACCCCACCUCGAACUGACAAAAAAAUUUUUGACGAUGGCUCAAUCACUCUUAUUUGAUUGAUUUUUAUUUUAAGUGGCUAAUGGAAGCAUUUAUAUGGUGUCGACUUAUUUCGACAUAUGUUCGCUCUACAGUCGUUUAAUGCCGUACCAGAUUCGUGCCACCUUGAUAAAAAGGAACUGACUGAAGAAUCAUCGUAGUUCAUGGAAAAUAUAUUCAUUUGGUGUAUGUUACCGAAACACCCACAACAAACAAAUUGAAUAGAAAACAGAAAAAUAUUCCAAGAAAGAAACAAAUUUUAUAAAGAAUAACGAAUAUUUAACUUGGGUGAAUAACCAGCAAAAGGUCUUAGUUAAGGUUAAUAUUUGCAAUAGGAAAGUGGAUGGAGGUUUGUAUACUUUUCAGAGUGCAUGUUAUUGUUCAGUUUUGUUUUGCCGGUCUUCUUAUUUUUAAUCAUGUUUUUGGCUAAAACAAAAACUGCCUCAUGAAGGCGGUGUAAUUGAAAUGACCUUCUAGAUAGUUUUGUAUUAUUUAUCUUUCAGGGUGUACAGGUCAAUCCUUCCAG